UAGUCAGAGUUUAAUGUCUUGUUAUUAUUAAUUUGAUGAAUUAAAUUAGCUUGGUUUACAUUCAACAAUGGUAUUUAGGUUUAGUUUUCAAUUUCAUUAAUAUACUUCAAAUGUGUUAAUUUAUGUACUUGUUUAUGAUCAUAAUUAUUAAUCACUGUGAGUUUACUUUCAUCGAUUGGUGAUUAUAAUGGCAUUUAAUCGAUCAGUAAAGAUAAGUGAAAUUAAGGAUAUUAUUUAGUUGGUUACACAAUGUAAAUAAGAACACUUCUUUAAGCUAUGUUUGGGUGAAACUCAACUUUCAGCUGAUCCUGUCAAGAUUUAUUGUUGUGAUAGAUGACCUUAAUCUGGUGAUAAUCAAUUCGCCAUCUACCGCAUUUAACCAAUUAAGCAUCCAAAUUAGUGAAUUGAAAGUUUCUUUAUUAAAGGUAUUAAAAGAUCAACAACAUUACUUAACUGUAUUUUCCUUGUUUCUUUCCCUAUUUUAAUUAACCUAGGUGAACCUAAUUGACUAAUCUCUUUUUUUUAUUUGGAUAUUUAGAGCUCGUAAAGAAAGAUGUCACUCGCAAAAGAAAUUCAUGGAGCCAAUUUGACCAAUAAUUACCUCAAAUCAAUGGAAGUAGACCAUCUUUAUCAUCUUGGUUUAACAAAACAAGGUGAUAACCUGGAAAAAGAUUUUGGUGAUGUUAGAUUCAUUUGUACCGGUGGGGCUGCUCAUCGAAUGUAUACAUAUGCUUUAAUGAUGAAGGAAGAACUAAGAAUUGAUGGUGACCUGAUUGAUUUAUCUGCUGAUGGCCACAGGUUCAGCAUGUAUAAAGUUGGACCAGUUAUAUUUAUUAAUCAUGGUAUGGGUGUCCCAUCUCUAUCAAUACUGCUACACGAGUUAUUCAAGCUUGUUGCUUACGCCAAAUGUAAAGAUGUUGUCUUUUUUCGACUUGGUACCUGCGGAGGUUUAGGUAAAGCUCCAGGAACUGUAAUUGUGUCUAAAAGGUGCGUUGAUAACCAGUGCCGUUCAACCUUUCGCAUUGUCAAAUUGGGCAAAGAAAUCAAUAUGGAAGCCACAUUGGACCAAGAAUUAGCUAAUAAUUUGAUUAACUAUGCUUCCGCUAAUCAUCCUGAUAUUCCUAUUGAGCCAGGCUGCACAAUGACCACUGAUGAUUUUUACGAAGGCCAAGCUCGUUGUGAUGGCGCUUUCUGUGAUUUUACCAGAGAACAAGCUUCCAUUUAUUUAAAUGAAAUUGCUGCUAAAGGUGUUACCAAUAUUGAAAUGGAGGCCACUUGUUUUGCCGCUAUGUGCACUAAAGCUCGGGUCAAAUGUGCUAUUGUUAAUGUUAUUCUGGUUGAUCGAUUGGAAGGGGAUCAAGUUCGUGUCGAUAAGGAAACAUACAACAAUUUUCAAGUUCGGCCGUUCACUAUUAUAAGCAAUUAUAUUAAAUCAAUCAUCAAUAGUUAGAGUUCAGUUCAUCUCAAUCAUCAUUCAACAACACUCAUCAUAAUUGCGUAAAUCAAAAGACCAGAUUAUUUAACAUUCAGCUGGACCAUUUUUUUCAAGGUUUUCACCUGUUCCAAGCCAUGUUGUUUUAAUUGAUAACUAUUCACUCCAGAUUUUAGUUCACAUUAAUCAAAAUCAUCAAUCAUUUUACAAUCAACAAUCUUGUGAAUAUGAUUUGUAUUUUGUUGUGUUAAUUUAAACAAUUUAUUGAUUAAUUGAUUUUAGAAUGUAGCUUCUUGGUCAUAAAUGAACCGCUUAUAAUUAGCUUUUUUUUUAAUUACUGACAAUAAAGUUCAUUAAUUACCUCUAA